AUGAGCACAAAGAUGGCGAACUCUCCUUCUGCGAUGCCCGGCGCAUUCAAUUUCCACCCUGCCAGCCGCGACACCGCCCCUCCACGCCUGUCCGGCGCAAAAUCCCACAUCUUCCAACCACCACGCACACCCAGCGCAUCGGCAUCGUCGUCUCUAAUCCUUACUCGAAGUACAGCCAGCGUGAUGUCGAUAUCGUCCGCGGGGGAUAGAAGCUCGAAACUGGGACCGCGCAAGCGGACGUUGGAGGAUUACCAUGAGGGAACUGGGGUCGAGACACCACGGAAUGGGUACGUGAUAGAUAGCGAGGAUUGGUCUACUAUGGGAGAUCUGGGUGGGCGGACGCCAGGGUCGCCGAAACCGUUCGUAAAUACUAGAUACCAACUUGCUGGAGGCAUGGAUACGCCGAGUUUGGCUGCGCAACAUGGUAUCGAUAUGCAGAGUCAGUAUGGAGAUUUGGGAUACAGAAAGAGCUUGGCAGAUACGGAUAGGACGUCUAGGAGAGAUCUGUGGGGACAGCAGGGAGAUCCAGGCGAUUACUUUGGGCGCGAGUGGAAUGGUCGGGGAAGAUACAGCCAAGGCUACAAUGAGAGUCCGCGCGGAGAAGGCUGGAGCAAGACGGCAAUACAGGUUGCAGGCGCUGUUGUUGGGAAAGCAUGGGAGUUUUGCAAGAGUAGCGCAGCUGUGUUUCGUGGAUUCCAAGCUGGUGGCGGCACACGGUAUCAGAUCAACCCAUCGGAGACCUUUGAGCCUGUGGAGCAGAGUAUGUGGGAGGAGAAGGACGACAUUCAAGACAGAAGGGCAACCCCACUACCGGGCCAAUAUCCUAUAGAGGAGCUGGAGUACAUACCUGAUUAUAUGGAUCAUCCAACACCCGAGCAUACACCUCCACGUCCAUCGAAGCGGCGACAGAUCAGUGCUAACCAGGAGUCUGCUGUGAAUGCCAAUGAGGAGCUUGCAAAGAACUGGGUUGUCGUCCCCCCUACAAUCACGCCCUCAAAAGCCCCAGUACAGCGACGACUCUCCAGAUUCAGCCAACCAACCGCUUCAUCCAACUCCCGCCGCUCCCUCGCAAGCACUGCCCGACCUGCAUCUCGCGCCGGAUUCGGAACCCCAGUCUCAGCCCGCAGACCCGGCCUUCCAAGCCAAACCUCCCGUAUCUCCCACGCCGGAUCCCCAGCUCUCAACCCAAGCCGAGGAGCUUCGUAUGCCUCUCCACGCUCACCUGCGAACUCAGCAAGCCGCAUUCCCCGCGCAACAGGCAGUCCGCUCCGCAACGCCAGUGCCCCAUUACAAGAUAGUCCCGCAGCGAAAGAAGCCAAGCGGUGGGCGGCGCAGAAGAAGAAGGAGGAGCGCGAGGCGGAUGAGAGUAUUCGCCGCUUGGACGCUCAGCUUAAGGCUAUGAUCCGUGAGGGCAAAGAGGCGCUGGGUACGAAGAUUGAGGUGGAUAUUGAGGAUGAUGAUGAUGCGGAUGUGGGGAGUGGUAGUUCACGGUCACGCCCUGGGAAUAGUAAGAAGUGGGCCUUUUAA